ACAGUUUGAUUUAAUGAAGUGCUAAAGUAUAAUAAGAUGUUAAAAAAACGAGGAAUACAAGUAUUGUUUAAUUGUAUUAAGCGGAAUCUGCAUAAUGAUGGUUUGAAAGUAGGCAUCUUGGGUAUACCUUUUGAUAAAGGACAGCCCAGGAUCGGUGUAGGUAAUGGACCAAGAUUUAUUCGGGAUGCUGGUUUGAUUAAAAGAAUACAAAGUAUUGAUAAAAACAUGGACAUAAAAGAUUAUGGAGAUGUCUCUUAUACAGUCAGCAAAGAUGUUUCUGAAGAGGUUGAGAAUAUGCGGGAAUAUGAGCAUAUGGCUUCCUGCUGUAGGGAGGUAUCAAAAAACGUCGCAAAGAUCAUUAAUGAUGGUCGAAUUUGCUUAUCAUUAGGAGGAGAUCAUUCAAUUGGUCUUGGAACUGUCGAUGGGCAUAUACAGGCAAAAUCUGAUAAUAUUGCUGUUUUAUGGAUAGAUGCUCAUGCGGAUUUGAAUACCAACAAAACUUCCGCAACAGGAAACGUGCAUGGUAUGCCUAUGGCACUUUUAGCAAAAGAAUUAUCCGAUUAUUGGCCAUAUCUUCCUGGUAUGGAUUGGCAAAAACCUAUGAUUUCUUUAAGAAACAUUGCAUACGUUGGAUUGAGAGACGUGGAUGUAUAUGAGCGAUUAGUUAUUGAUAAAUUGGGUAUAACUGCUUUCGGUAUAGAAGACAUCGAAAAAUAUGGUAUUCAUAGUGUUAUAAAUAUGGCAUUGGAAAAAGUUGAUCCAUAUCAAAACAGAUCCAUUCAUGUUAGUUACGAUAUUGAUUCUCUUGAUGCAUUAGAGGCGCCAAGUACAGGAACCGCAGUUCGAGGUGGUCUGACAUUGCGCGAAGGCAUCCAUUUAAUGGAAAUGGUCGCAAAUACUGGAAGAUUAGGUGCAAUAGAUUUGGUGGAGGUAAAUCCUAGUAUAGGCAGUGCAUCUGAUGUGAGGAAUACCGUUGAUGCAGCUAUACAUAUCAUAAUGGCAUCACUUGGACACAAAAGACAAGGAUUAAGAAUUAAAAAAAUUCAAGAAAUGCCCUUACAAACAUUCCCACCUACUCGUGACUUGAUCAACUAAUAAUUUCAAUAAACAAUGUUAUUAAUCUAUAAAU